AAAAAAGGAAAGUGUAUUUUAAUUUUUGUCCAGAUUCCUCUCCUCCACUACUACUACGACUACUACUAUCGUCUCUUCGUCUCUUCACCUCUUCAUAUCUACUUCGACUCAUCUCGUCUUCUUCUCUCCGAAACACAGAUGGCUCCGAAAAGCAAAACAAUGAAACGGGGUGAACCAGAGUCAGAUCUGUGCUUUGUGGGGAAACCCAUGUCUGUUGUGGAGUCUAUGAUUAGAUGGCCUCUUCGCUACCAAGCCAAGAAACCUAAGCUCGAUACUCCCAAAACCGCCACCAAUGGUCCCAAAAAAGAGAUAAAGCAAGCGAAACGUCACUACGAGCAAGCUUUGGUUGAUGGCGUUCUCAUCAAUCUCAACGACGAUGUCUACGUCACGGCUGAAUCCGGGAAACCAAAUUACAUAGCAAAAGUUGCUGAGCUAUUUGAAGCUGACGAUGGGGAACCUUAUUUUCGGGCACAAUGGUUUUACAGACCAGAAGAUACUGUGAUCAAAAGGUUUUCGGAACUUGUGCAAGAAAAGAGAGUGUUUUUAUCAAAUAUGGAAGACGAUAAUCCUCUGACUUGCAUUUACUCUAAAGUUAACAUCGCCAAAGUCCCAUUACCAAAGAUUGCCUCACGAACUGCAGACAGAAUUAUUCCUCCAUGUGAUUUCUAUUACGACAUGAAGUACCAGCUUCCACAUCUCACCUUUGCAAGCGCAGAUGAUGCAGAUAGCGCUUCCUCAUCAACCAUUUCAAGUGAUUCUGACUCCAAUUGCAUAGUAAAUCCUCCCAAAGAUGAAAAAUUCUUAUUGGAUCUUUACAGUGGGUGUGGAGCAAUGUCCACUGGUUUUUGUAUGGGGGCUUCCUUAUCAGGAAUUAAAUUGACUACGAAAUGGGCUGUGGAUUUAAAUACUUCUGCUUGUGCUAGUCUUAAACAUAAUCAUCCUGAGACAGAGGUGAGAAAUGAAGCUGCAGAAGACUUUCUAAUUCUGCUUAAAGAAUGGAAAAAGCUUUGUGAGAAGUUUUCGCUCAUUUCCAUGACUGAACCGAUGGAAUCAAUUUCUGAGUUGGAAGAUGAAGAAGGUGACGAAGAUGAAGACAUAGAUGAGACAAGUAUUGGUACUGAACUCUCACCUGGAGAGUUUGAAGUACAAGAGUUCAGUGCCAUCGUUUAUGGAGAUCCUAAUCGCAAGGGGGAAAAGUCUCUUCAUCUUAGGGUAAGGUGGAAAGGUUACGGUCCUGAUGACGAUACAUGGGAGCCUUCUGCUGGCUUAGAAAACUGCAAGGAUAAACUAAAAGAGUUUGUGACAAAUGGCUUCAAGAAAAACCUGUUACCCUUACCUGGUACUGCUUAUUCGGUUUGCGGUGGCCCACCCUGUCAAGGGGUCAGUGGCUAUAACCGCUUUAGAAACACAAAAGCACCGCUUGAAGAUAAGAAAAACCAGCAACUUUUGGUGUUUCUGGACAUCAUUGACUUCCUCAAACCAAAGUACGUGCUUAUGGAAAAUGUUGUCGACCUUCUCAAGUUUUCGGAGGGAUAUUUGGCACGUCAUGCUGUUGCUAGCCUUGUUGCAAUGAACUAUCAAACAAGGUUGGGAAUGAUGACAGCGGGAUCUUAUGGUGUCCCUCAACUUAGAAACCGCUUUUUUCUAUGGGCUGCGCAACCCACAGAGAAACUGCCUCCCUACCCGCUUCCCACUCAUGAGGUUCUGAAAAAAUUCAACACCCCUGUAGAAUUUGAGGAUAUCCAAGUCGGACGUGCCCACAAGGAGCUUCUUGAAUUAGAAGACGCUCUUACCCUAGCUGAUGCCAUUAGUGAUCUACCAUCGGUGACAAAUUAUGAAAUAAAUGAUGUAAGGAAUUAUAAUGAGGAAGGUCCUAAGACAGAUUUUCAAAAAUACAUUGCCUUGAAAAGAUCUGAGACACUACUACCCCUAUGUGGCGGAGAUUCGUCACACAUGUUAUUUGACCACCAGCCCCUAGAGCUGGGAGAUAACGACUUGGAAAGAAUAUCCUAUAUACCAAAAAAGAAGGGUGCAAAUUUCCGCGACAUGCCUGGUGUUUUAGUUCACAAGAACAAAGCAAAAAUUGACAAAUCGGUGAAGCGAGCAAAGUUGAAAUCUGGAAAGAAUGUGGUCCCUGCAUAUGCAAUUUCAUUCGUAAAAGGAACAUCGAAAAAGCCGUUUGGUCGCUUGUGGUGGGAUGAAAUUGUUAACACAGUUGUGACAAGAGCUGAGCCUCACAACCAGUGUGUAAUCCAUCCAAAACAAGACCGUGUGUUGUCUGUCCGUGAGAAUGCGAGACUACAAGGGUUCCCUGAUUGUUAUAAGCUGUGUGGCACAAUUAAGCAAAAGUACAUCCAGGUUGGGAAUGCGGUGGCUGUUCCAGUAGGGGUAGCGUUAGGAUAUGCAUUUGGUAUGGCGAGUCAGGGACUGACCGAUGAUGAACCUGUAAUGAAGCUGCCCUUCAAGUAUCCAGAAUGCAUGCAGGCAAAGGCAGAUGAUCAAUCCGAUUGACAUCUCCAUCAAAGUCCAUCAUGAUGAAAUUUCUCUAUCUUUUUUACAAUCGUACUCUGCUUAUUGUUCCUUGUUUUAUUAAUUUUUAGGUCAGCAAGAGCUUAAAUGCUCAAAACAAUUGGCUUAAACUGUUAGCUCUUUGAUCGUUAUUGUUAGUUUAUCUUUCAUCUUUUGGGAUCACAAAAUUCAUUCUACUUCUAAUGAUCUUUGAUCUCAACC